UCGAUAUUUACGCAUGAUCUACAAACGAAGAUGUUGUGCCAAACAAAAGUAGCAGCUCUAUUGUUUUUGGCUGUUAUAUCGCCAAGUUUGGAGGAUCCUGUCGGCGACCGCCAACAAGAAGAAUGCAAGAAAAUGUCCACAUGUGCCUCGUGCAUAACGAAAAGUUUCUGCACGUGGUGCGUCACCAAGAGCAAAUGCACUAAGCAAUCAUGCGGCAACGAUAACAUAAUUUUCCCCAAAGAGUACUCGGCCAUAAUGGCUGGCCCGCAGUUCUGCCCCAGGGUUGUGGAACCGGAAGAAAUGUUGACUCUAAAGAGUGGAACGAAGCAAAUUAUUGAAGUGAAAAUUACUCAGAUACAUUUGUAUAUGGCGUUCACUCCUUGGAAAUGUAAAAUAGAUUAUAACGGUGAGCAAAUGACCGUGGUCGCCAUGUUGUUGGGUGACAAAGUAUUUUGUGAAUCUGUACUCCUGACUAACGACUCCCACGAGCCUUCCAGAAGCGGUAGUGUUUCAGUACUUUGGGACUACAGCAAAUCCUUUGAUGGAUCUAUUCCGUUUAAAGUGUGCCGUUGUGACUUAGACUCUCUGUGCAACGCUUGUAAUAAAUUAACUGAUGCCUAACCAUAGAUUAAGUGCUACUUUUAAGUGCCUACGUCUUAUCCCACAAUGUGAUAUAUUAAAAUGUUGUCUAUUGACU